AUGUCGGCUCGAGAUGCUCAAUAUACAUAUUCAUAUGCCGCACCAAAGAGUCAUCAACUUCACCACCAGGCAGCCCAGACGUCUUUCCACCACCAGUAUACUCAACAGCAAAAUCAGUUCACGACCGCUCAGGAUAGUUUACUAGCUCAGACCGCCUCAGGAACUCCGAAUCCUCAGUACACGCCUCCGCACAACCCCUCGAUUACACCCGUCACAUCUGGAACACAAACUCGUCGUUUCAAGACAACCCAACAUACUUCAAUCGCACCACGAACACCGGGUGCAACGAACAGACCAUACACGACAUCUCAACACCCGUCGAUCGCUCCGCCAACUUUGGACCACCCGACCUCACCUUUAAAUUCGACACAUUGUAUAUCUGCGUCAAAUGGAGUGACACCCAUGGCUUCCGUACCCACGCCCCCAUCGAUCCCCACAGGUCUAUCCAGUCCUGGUGCGGGGACUGCAACGGUUACGAAUUUCGAAUUGCAAGAUGUUAUCGCGCAAUUUCAGUCACAGCCCGAACUCCUCAAGCUUAUCCUUACUUCGAAAGUCGAGGAGGACAAGAGGAGAGCCGAAGAGGCAAAGCUGCGCGUUAGAGAGCUAGAUUUAAUGCUCUCAGAGCGCAGCCGAAAACAUGCGGAAGAGGUGGGGAGUUCAAAGCAUCAUAAGGGGAAUGAUCAAGCCAACAACGACAUGGACUAUGAGAAUGAUGGCUCGCUGAAUUACGCGUCGUUUAAUAAUAGUUUGACAUCAACUGUUCAAAAUCUCACACUUGACUCUCCAACUAACACGCCUCGACCGAAAUCCAUAUCCAAAGGUAGUCCAACAACAUCACAACUUCAUUUAAACUCGCAGGAUUUGCUAACGACUCAACAAAGUCAGUUAAUCACACAGAGUCGAAUGACAUCAUACGAUCAGGGAGUCGGCUUGAACGAAAGUGAAGAGGUGGACAGUGCACCGAACAAGCGUAAACGUAAACGCCGGGAAAUGCUUCCCGUGACAAUGAUCAUUGAAACUAAAGAAUACCCUUACGUAGACGAUUAUCUAUGGAAAAAUAAUGGCAACACCACGCAAAGAAAGACAGGAAAUAAGAGCGUCUAUUUCAAGUGCUCCAACAGUAACAAGGGAUGUCCCGUUAACAAAACUGUGACGGAGAAGGACGGCGGUUGGACCAUUAAAUAUCGAGGUCACCAUUUGGAAGAAUGCGGUAAGAUCAAGCGGAUUGUCCAGAAUUAG